GGCACAUGACCGACCUUCAACGUUGAAAUAUGGUUGAAAUAAGGUCAGUUGUGGUUUCAACGUUGAAACAACGUUGAUUCAACGUUUAAAGCUGAAUGGUUGAAAAACAUCCAGCACAUGACCAACUUUCAAUGUUGAAAUAUGGUUGAAAUAAGGUCAGUUGUGGUUUCAACGUUGAAACAACGUUGAUUCAACGUUUAAAGAUGAACUGUUGAAAAACUUCCAGCACAUGACCAACUUUCAACAUUGAAAUAUGGUUGAAAUAAGGUCAGUUGUUUUAAUGAAACAAUGUUAAAAAUGUUUAAUGCUAAAUGGUAGAAAAAGGUUAACAAGCUUUUAAAUUAUUUAUAUUAAAUUAUUUAAAUUAAUUAUUAUUUUAAUAGCAUUUAAAAAUAUUUUAGUCAUGAUACCUAUUCUAAAAUCUAAAGGUAUAUGUUAAAUAUUAUCAUCAUUAACAACAAUAAAACUAUACAUUUCGCUGCUUUAUCACACUGAAACAACUCCCAUUGGUAGUUUUAUUUUAUUACUUCUAUCAUGAUUGGUUAAUCUGGCUGUCAUUCAGGAAACUGGACAAUGAAUCGGUUCGCGCUUUUCUACAUUUAAAAAUAUGACCGUUAUUGUCGUCUUUCUGUGAGUGAGGCGGCUAACUGUGAGCUGCUGCUCGUUAUAUCUGACUGCUCGGUCGGUCCCGAAUUAUUUCAUAUUUGCCUGUACAUUUUUUAUUUAUUUUGAGCGAAUUUGAGUCGUGACCUGUCAAUGGAGAACAAAAACUGUGAACACAAGAAAGGUCAGGUGUUCUGCGAGGUCCUGAAAACAUCCUGUCAAAAUGAGCUGAUCAAGUUAGAUGCUCACCUAAUGUGUUACUGAGUCAUCGAGGAUCCAGCUUGUUCUUGAAACAUUGAAGUUUGCACUCUGCAAGUGAACGACGCCUUGUGGUGCCAUCCCAAAGAGGUUCAAAAUCACUCUCACGGAUCUUUUCCUGGACUGUGCCCAGCUGGUGGAAUCACCUCCCAAUCUCAAUCCGAACUGCUGAGUCUUUACUCAUUUUCAAGAAACAUCUUAAGACUCAUCUUUUUCACCAGAACUUAACCAACUAAUGCUAGCACUUUUCCUUCUUUUCUUGUCUUUCAUAUUGAAAAAAAAAAAAAAAAACCUGGCUAUGCGUUCUGUACUAGACUCACUGAGACUUGUCAUGGCACUUGUAUACUGUUGUUGUUCUCUUGUACACCUGACUGCUUCUGUUGUUUCAUUUGUAAGUCGCUUUGGAUAAAAGCGUCUGUUAAAUGAUUAAAUGUAAAUGUUUAUACAGGACGGUACAGAAAGUGCACAAGUGGGAGAGAGUGGAGGGGACGGCGUCAGAAAGGACCUAGCGCUGGGACACUUUCAAGGAUCACCCGAAGCACAACCACACUGUAUACACUAAGGCUGCUGGUUCUAACAUUUUAGAGUGCCCUGCGGUAGAAAUCUCAUUCUGCAUUCCCCACGGUAAAGAAGACACAGUCCGGGGGGGGUUCCCAUUAGAAAUCAACUGGUGGAAGGUUCCCUUCUCGAACUGUUCAACACAUUUUCACUGCACAAAUGUACACAACUCUUGUAAUGAGACACAUUACUAAAACAUGUUUUUGACAGAAACUGUAGGUUUCCACCAAAAUAAAAGAUCCACUGGUUUCAGUCAGUAAGUGCUGCAAAAAAAAUAUGCAUUUAUGUGCCAAAUUAUUUCACAAAAACCUUUAAAUAUUAUUGUAUUUGGAUUGUUCUACUACCUGUUUUUAGCAUUACCUCCAUGCAUACUCUGCAUAAUAAAGUGUGGGAUUAUUUUCAUCUGUUUUAUACAGUAUGUUUCCAAAAUUAAACUGCUGUUUGACAAUUUUGAGCAUGUGGUAGUUUAUUGAAGUUGUUUGUAAAGCCAUUGCUGCCAGUCAUUAGACUUUUAGCCUUGCAUGUACCUUGUUGAUCUAAAUGCCAACUAGGAUCUAGGUGUAUUUACCCACGGUGCAAGGUACGACGGGGAAACAACGUCGUGUUAUCAACGCUGAUUAACUUUUCAAAAUCAACACCUCAUUCAGCUUUCAUCCCAGGGCUGCAGCACGACCCUAAUUCACCCAUAAUGCAGGAUCUUGUCUAGUGCGAGCUACUGAAGGACGACAGCGAUUCAGCCGGACAGAAACAUUAAAAUCUCAUCGAUCAUCGUAAAUACAUUCAGUUUCUUCACAGCUCUACAACAGCAUGUGGAACAUGUUGAUCUUUGUGUUUUUAUUAGUCAUUCACGGUGUGUCUGCUACAGAGACGGAUGAAUCGGAGUCAGUGACUGUGAUGGAGGGAGAUUCAGUCACCCUACACACUAACCUUUCUGAACUACUGAACGAUGAUACAAUACUGUGGAUGUUCGGACCUAAAGACUAUCUCAUAUCUCAAAUAAAGAGAAAGCAUGACUUGACCACAUUUUUUGUCACCAAUGAUGCUGGAAUCGGUGGCAGAUUGCAGGUGGAUCAAAAGACAGGAUCUCUCACCAUCACAAACACCAGAAUCAGACACUCGGGACAGUAUAAACUCACCAUCUCUAGAGCAAAGACUACGACGAAGACAUUUGAUGUGACUAUCAUGGGUGUGGUUGGUGAGAUGGAUGGAGUGAAAUCAGUGUCAGUAUCAGUGACAGAAGGAGAUCCUAUCACUCUACGUAUCGAUGCUGAAACACUCAAAGAUGCUCUGAUGCUGUGGAGGUUUGGAGAUAAAGGAAUCCUCCUCGCUAAAAUCGAUAGUGAAACAGGUGAAACCUCAUUGAACAAUGCUGACGAGAGAUUCAGAGAUCAACUGCAGCUGAAUCAGAACGGAUCUCUGACUAUCAAGAAGAGCAGAAGUGAACACGCUGGACUCUAUGAGCUCCAGAUCAGAGGCCGUGAGGGCUCACAGCGAUUCCUUCUUUCGGUCAAUGAUCCAGGUCUUUCUUCCGGUGCUAUAGCAGGAAUCAUUUUGGGUGUUUUAGUUCCUGUUUUGCUGCUUGUGGCUGCAGCUUUGUUCGUGAAUCACUAUCGCCACAGGAUCUCUAAAUUAAAAAAGCAAGUGGGUGAAGCUGUGCCAGCUGAAGAGAAAGAAGAGACCGUGAAGGAGGGAGAUUCUCUAACUCUACGCACUGGCCUCACUGAAAUAAAUGCUAAUGAAACGAUAGAGUGGUGCUAUGAAGAAGACAACAAUCGCAUUGCUGAAAUCACUGGAGGGAGCAGAAGCAAAUCUACGUUUGCGGGUGCUGAUGGGAGAUUCUGGAGCAAAUUGACGUUGGAUGAAAGAACUGGAGAUCUCACUAUCAGUAACAUCAGAACCAUUCACUCUGGACUCUAUAAACUAAACAUCAGCGGGAGCACCAUGAAAACCAAACACAAGAGAUUCAUUCUUUCUGUCAAAGUGGAGUCGAUGUCAGUGAAGGAGGGAGCGUCUGCUCUUCUCCAGACUGCUGCUGCGGUUCAGAAGGAUGAUCUCAUAGUGUGGACGUCUGGAGCUCAAAACCGUCUCGUUGUUAAAUGUGAUUCAGGAAAGGUGACAUAUGGUAAGCAAUUCAGAGACCGACUGAAUCUGAACCCGAAGACUGGAUCGCUGACCAUCACGAACAUCAGAUUCACAGACUCUGGACAUUUUAAACUGCAAAUCAUCAACAGCGAACAGACCACAUUCAAAAGAUUCGAUGUGACUGUCACUGACGCCACAGCUGAAGGAGUGAAUGAACAGAUGACUGUAGUAACGGCGCUGUUACAGUAUCGAUUCUAGGUGGCCACCCCAGAUCUGCUAGUUGGUCAAGUUCGUCAGCACAAGAAAGGAGAAAUGCUGUCAAUCAAUGAUGACAGCUGAUCAACUGAUUAAGGGCCAGUUUUACAUUUUUUACUAACACAGUAACGGUCGUACGGAGACUGAGAGCUGAUUUCUGCUCAGCGGACGUUUGGCCAUGCAGGUCAGGUGACCCGUGAGAUGAGCGCGCGCUGCACCUACUGCUGCUGGUCCGUGAAACACAGGAGGACGGUCACACAGAGUAGCAACGACAAAAGUGCUGGAAUCAGUCGAUUGAGAUGUAUGGUAAAUCAAUGUUUAGUUAGUUCUCUCUGAAUGUGUAGGAAAAAUGUAUCUAGCACUAAGUAGCAGCUUAAAGUCGAACUACACUGCACUGGCUAGUUUAGUAGCCUGCAAACUAAGUUAAAGGGGGGGUGAAAUGCUCGUUUUCACUCAAUAUCCGGUUAAUCUUGAGUACCUAUAGAGUAGUACUGCAUCCUUCAUAACUCCAAAAAGUCUUUAGUUUUAUUAAAUUCAUAAGAGAAAGAUAGUCUUUACCGAUUUUUCAAACUGGGCCUUGUUUGUAAAACAAGCAUCUUCGAAAUGCAGGGAACAAACACAAACACUUGCACAACUCCGUUGAUGCUCUGUAAAAAUAAACUCCAUACUGGUCCCUUAAUGCUGUUUCUCUUUUGGUAAUCUGUGCAGGGUUGUCUUGCCCUGGCAACCAAAAACACACUUCUUUUGUGACUUUUCGCGACGCUCUCGCUCUGAUCAGUGAAGUCUGUUGUGCUCUCAGUGCUCUGCUAUACGGGAGCGCACGCUCUUCCUGCAGAAGUGCCUCAGGACCCAUAUAAGGAAAUUCCGCUCCAUCUAACGUCACACAGAGCCAUACUCAAAAAAAACUUUCCGAAACUUGUGACAAACCGGAAGGAGUAUUUUUGGAACAGAAAUACUCCUUCAAACGUACAACUUAAUUUUUGAAACUUUGUCCAUGUUUAGCAUGGGAAUCCAACUCUUUAACAGUGUAAAAAACUCAGUAUGCAUGACAUAGCAUUUCACCCCCCCUUUAAGCAUUGAAGGUUAGAUUACCGCCGGUGCAGCAGCAGUUAAAUAUUUCUGCUCUUUUUUUUAAGACAUGGAUAAAUACCUUGAGUUUUCCUCAUGUAGGUUUGAUCUAUAUGAACUAUAUUUCGCUGUAUCAGUAAGAAGGUAAACAGAUUAAUCAUAGAAUAUUAGUUCAAAUGUAUUGUUGCUCUAUAUUGAAACGUCAGCAUUUGGACAUCAGCAUAGACAGAUUACACUAAUUUGCAAUGGAAAAAUUAAACUGCAAAAACUCGGACAUAAGACAAAAACAAAGGAACAACUGCAAGAUGAAGAAAAAUAAUAACGGAACAUUAACUGGAGUGUAAGAAUCAUUUUACUAUGUUGCAGUGUAGCAAGAGAUUUGUCCCUUUUUGCUUUCCUUACAUCCAGGUGUGUUUGGUGUAUUUGCAUGCGGCACAAUUUAGGCUACUUUGGGGCAAUGUUUGAUAAACUAUUUGGUUGGGUUUAUUACACAGACCUUGCAACCCGAGGGGAAAUAAUAAUUCCAGAGGGGAACAGAAUCAACUGCUGCGCCAUGAAAUAUGAAAAGCUAUUUUCUGGACUGAAGACUUAGGGUGUUUUUUUGCAGAUGUGUGUGUUCAGUAGAGCUAAUGUUAUAUUUUUGGCCAACCAGUGUGUGAAAUAUAGUGUGACAGCCUAGAUUUAAGUAACUAUAACACAAGAACAAGCUUUGACUUAUUUAUCUGCUCUGUGAUUAAAGGGCUGUUUAAAGUCUUUUAGUCUUGAAGAUGUCUACAACUAAGUCAUGAAAUCACAGAAAAGGCGAUUAAAGCUGCAAACUGUGCGUGUAUAAGCAGCAAACCACGUAUCUCAAAUAGAUGUUCAAAUGAAAUAUAACCUAUUCUGUAAUUCUGUAAUCACAAUAUCAGACGUAAGUUGAUUUGUAUUUUUUUAUUAGUAAUUUAAUUUUAUAGUACAGUGCACUUAUACUAUAAAAUAUGCGAAAAUUAAACCAUUUAAAUGCAUAAACAAAUUCUACUGUUAUGUUGAUUUCUGGCCUUUUUCACAUUUUUUUUUUUUUAUCAUUGCACGCCUCAUCCAUGAUUAAUGUUGGAGAACAAGCAUUUACAAGUUUUGAGAAGCUGAAUGAGCAAUAAAGUUAAAGUGAGCCCCUUUUUUAAAAUACCUGGAGGUGAGGAAUAAUACAAAAA